AUGAAGGAUCUCAUCGUGGAUGCUAAUUUUCCCCGCACCCUAGACCAUCGUGUUUAUCAUCUGGGUAUCAAGGCAGGCGAAGUGGCCAACAGGAUCGUUACGGUGGGAGCGCCGUCCCGCGCAAACGCCGUGGCGGCCUACUUAGAUAGCUCACCAAAGCCGUUCGUCCUCUCGUCAGAACGCGGGUUCACCACAAUCACAGGGAGGUACAAGGGAGUUCCGGUGUCCAUCGUAAGCAUUGGGAUGGGACACCCAAAUGCCGACUUCUUCAUGCGGGAGGUGCGCGAAUGCCUCAGCGGCGACAUGCUGGUAGUAAGGAACUAUGAUUUCCCCUUCGCCAGUGGAUCGUCACAGGAGUAUCCGUACAAGAUAAGCAGACCGAUAGCGGCGGAUUCAGAGCUUCAUACUGCACUGCACGAUGCACUUAAUAAGCAGCGCAGCUCAGAGGAAAUGUCAGUUGUGGACCAUGUCAUGAAUGCAUCUACGGACAGCUUUUACUCUUCGCAAGGACGGCAAACUUCGUUCCCAGACUACAACGCUGACCUCAUAGACCGACUGAAGUCAUCUCACGGAAAUCUGGCCACUUUUGAGAUGGAAACCUUCCACAUACUGCACCUAGCUGCAAGUUGGCCGUCUGACACACCCUCCGCACAUAUCGCAUCUCCCUCGCUGAGCACCCUGCCGGGCUCACCCGCCGUUUCAUCUUCGCAUCCAUCGUCUGUUCAAACACAGCCAGCUGGUGUAUACCCCUCUGCACCCAAUGAUAGGCCUCCUGUACCGGGACCGCGCAUAAGAGCGGCUGCUGCGCAGAUGGUGUUCGCCUCUCGCACGUCGCAGGGUUUCAUUACCCCACAGCAGGUCAGAGAUGUCGAGGCGUGGGCGGGUCGGGCGGUGUUGGAAGCACUAACGGGCUUUGUGAUCGACCCAGAUAGAUUACACGAUGAGGAGGGGAGUGUAUGGGAGCUAAAGUAA